AUGCUGCCUUGGAGAUUUUCCAUCGCAUCCCCUCGCCAACGCUGCCACCUCUUCUCCCUGCUUACGUGCAUUGCCCCUCUCUCACGCUCUCUCGCCUUCGCCGCUGAUGGGAGCACGCUUCUGACUAUGACCGCCUCUGAGGUUGGCUGCCCCUUUCUCCUCACACCGCUUCCGCUGUCGACGCUGCACUCCGCCGCCUCAUGCAAGUCGAUGCCGCCUUCGCCGCAUCCAUCGGCAAGCGUUGAGCACCUCUUCUCCGACAUUCCUCUCUUCGUUCAGAGGUCACCUCUCAUCGCCGUCGGCCUCCUCAUUGCCGCCGCUACUUCCAACGAUCGUUGCCUGCCCUCUCCAGCUGAACUAAAUUUUCGUGUUCAAGACAUUGAAGCUAAUGUUCAAGAUAUUGAAGCUCAUUUCAAUGAACACCAGCAUCUGGUUCUAUGCACCAGCAUGGUUCAGAAGUCGAUUGAUAAUUUUGGGUUAAAAUCUUUAGUAGAUGAAGGAUCAUAUGGAAGAGUGUACUUUGCUGUUCUAGAGGAUGGGAAGCAGGUUGCUGUAAAAAAGCUUGAUUCUUCAUCUGAAGACAACACCUCUGAAUUUUUGACUCAGGCCUCUAUGGUCUCAAGCAUGAAACAUGAAAAUUUUGUGGAAAUGCUAGGAUACUGUGUUGAUGGGAAUAUGCGUUUGAUGGUCUAUGAGUUUGCAACCAUGGGUUCUUUGCACGAUGUUUUGCAUGCUCAACGUCAGCGUCAUCGUCUCCACCGUCCCCCGCGACUUGCGUAUGCCCUGCCCAUCUCCUCCUCCCUCUCCCUCCUUACCGGUGACCUUCUCUAUGAUGUUCACCGCCAUCCGAUGCUACCCUCCGGGGCCAUUGCCCACCUUACUAUCGUUGCGAGGUCGGCGGCUGACCACACCAUCGCAAAAUCUGCCCCGAGCAGCAGCUGGGUCCCAUCGUCGCAGACGACCUCUAAGCCGCAACCAUCCCCCAUCGUUGUAGACGGCUUUCGAUCCGCAUUGUCGUACACUUUCGACGCCGAUCCGGUAUCCAACCCACGUUGA